AUGCCAUUACUCAUUUACUCGAUCCUGUUGGCAUCUUUGUCGCUGUCUGUCAGUUUAAACUACUAUCUGUGGCCAGAGCUGGUCGAAAAGCUAAGAAAGCAAUUCUUUUACGACUUGGAGCGAUCCAUAAAGAUUUUCCGCACCUGGGACCCCGGUUUCAAAUGCAUUCAUUUUAUUCCAAAGCAGAAGAGAAGGUGCGACAAUGGCAUUCUUAGACAAGCGGCCCACUUCGCAGCAAUGCUGGGCGAUGUACUCCUAUCAUGCAACUUGGACGAUGCGCCACUGCGUUCAAUGCUACACUACUACUCUCAGCUCUGCCACUGCCAAAAACACCAGAUUGUUGAGGAAAACGUGACUGGCAUGGCGAAGAGAUGGGAGACAGAGUUGAAGGAUGCCUCAUUCAGAUCGUCAUUUAUCUUUUUCUUUGCCACCAGGCUAUUACGGCAUCGGCCUACUGGACAUCCCCCCAUUGAGGCUGAAGACGAGCCAUCGGAAAUCCCUGACGACGUCUUGAGGCAAGCAUUAACUCCCUCAGGCUCUCAAUCAGUUCCACAAAGCAAGCAGUUGGACGCCACCCGUAACCGUGCGAGAGGGAAAUCCACCCCUUCUCGGGAGUCCUCGCCGUCAUUUCCAAAGGGUCAAGAUGUGUCAUACAACCAACGCAGUUACUGGCGUUCGCCGGAAAGAAGCCCCUUACAUUCGAUAAUUGCGAAGCCGCUCAACUCCAAAGAGCUCAAAGCCGGUUUCAUUUACAUCCUAUUUGAUCCAGAUCAUGAGAACUUGCUGAAGAUCGGCCACUCGACCGAGCAGGAGACGCCCGAGAGACGUUGCGCACAGUGGACCGCUUCGUGCAAGAAAAAGAACUAUAAGCUGCAUAACAUUUUUUAUAGGACGAAGCAUGCCAACCGAGUCGAGUCACUUGUAUUUUCGGACCUGGGCAAAGACCGAUAUGAGAUUUUCUGCCGCUGUGGGACAACCCAUAGGGAAUACUUCAUGAUCAGCAUUGAUGAAGCGGAAAGAGUUAUUAAAUACUGGGUUAACUGGAUCACAACGCUGACACCCUAUCGAGGCAUCACACUCAGCCAUGAAUACUUAACAGGAAUGUUCCUUAGCGACACCUCCCCGUCUGGAGAACAAAAAGUCAUCCCGGAUCAUGUGAGUCUCUUUCUCCGUAAUUCCAGCAACCGAGAAUGGCUUGACCUCGACGUCUUCCUUUCCAAACCUGCUCGCAAAACGACUCCUCCUGCGGACAUACUGCAGGCUCUCCAGACGAAGGAGGCUGAAGACCAUUCGACAGAGGUGCAGACAAUUCUGCAGAACCAGGCUAGCGAUACUCAUUUGGAACCUGAAAAGAUAGACGGGGAGCCCACCAAUGCAACGUCUCCAGAAGAAUCCGCCAACAGAGUUCUGGAAACGCCCGAAAUCACGCUCCCGCUAACGCCUCUCGACUCGGAACCUGGAAGUUUUCGUAGACUACUCUUUCCUGCAACAUCAAGCGCGAAGACCACGGCUCCGUCUUCUCCUCUUCCGUCCCCAGCAACCAUGCCACCCUCUCCCAGUCUUCCAACGUCGUUGACAUCAUCCCCAGCCAGCUCUAGCGAGAAUAUUUGUGAUGCAGAAGAAGAGACACCUUUGAAACCCAAAGCUCGGAGAGGUGGCUCUGGCGCGAAAUACCCUCGCCAACGAAGGGAAGGGGAGCCGGAUGAUGGCCUUGUUUUGGAUCCCGUUGAGCCCAAGGUCUUGCAACGCAAACCCCGGUCUCGGCGCAAAGUGUCAAAUAUCCAAGCACGUACAGACCGGCCAACUCUCGACGCUGCUGUUCAGUCCUCGCCGAUUGUUCCGCUUCGCUCUAAAGAAAUCAUCGACCUGACACUCGAGGACGAAGAUAGUCUAGAUCCUAAUCAUAGGCGAAGAGCGUCUGCACCGCAAAGGUUACUCACGCCUCCGGACUCGGGAAUCAGCAAGAGGAGGACAAGCCCGAGGCGCUUGAAUCUAGACAGGAACCUUUCUGCUGGUGAGGCAUGA